AUGCUCCUCGCCGCCACCGUCGCCCUCGCGCUAGCCAGCAGCGCGGCCGCGCAAUCCGCCGAACCGCUCAAGAUCUACGCGCCCAGCGCCGACUUUUGGUGGGUGCAGAACGCGAACAACACGCUCGCGUGGACGGGUACCGGGCCGGACGGGUUCAACGUCUGGCUCACGCACCCGAACACGACGUUUGACGACGUGCGGAUCAAGUACAACGUCGAGCAAAGCGCGUCUAUUACCGGCGCGCGUCUGCGAAACAUGCCGGCGCCACCGCAGUGCCAAGCCUUGCCUAUCGCGAUCCGCCACCUCUCAUUCGCUGUCCUCAGCACGCCCCUCUCGCAGCUCGAGAUGUGGUCCACCCGCGCGGAGCCGGGGGACGGGUACGUCCUCCGCUUGACGACGGUGCGGGGCAACGAGACGACGCUCGCGACUUCCGAGCCGUUCACGAUCCAGACGUUCGGCGCCGCCCCCGCGCUGCUGAGCACGACGCUCGCGGCGGCGAGCGCGACGGCCGACCUUGCGGCUGCGUCGGCACCUGCCCCCGCCGAGUCGAGCGCGUCUGCAAGCGCCAACGCGUCGGCCACUGCUCAGCCGAGCUCUGCUCGCCGUCUUGGCCUUUCCGCCGCUGCCGUGCUCGCGGGCGUGUGUGUCGCCCUCCUUGUGUAG